AUGGGCCCUCUCUUUCCAAUGACCUGCGUUGUCCUCCUCGCCCUCCACGCCACCGUGUCACCAGCCUCCCUCAAUCCCGAGGAUUACGCCGCGGACGAGGCCGAGCGAACUGCCAACAGCGACACCAUCAUUUUCGACGACUACCGGGGGAAAGUUUGCGUGGACGACAGUGGCUUCGUUUACAAAUUGGGGGAGCGUUUCUUCCCGGGACACUCGAACUGCCCGUGCGUGUGCACCGAGGACGGGCCGGUGUGCGACCAGCCGGAGUGCCCCAAGAUACACCCGAAGUGCACAAAAGUGGAGCACAAUGGAUGCUGUCCGGAAUGCAAGGAGGUUAAAAACUUUUGUGAAUACCGGGGGAAAACUUACAAGAUCCUGGAGGAAUUUAAGGUAGGGAUGUUUUGUGUUUUUUGUCUUAAUUUGCAUUGUCUAUUGAUCAAUCGUUUGUAAUCAUUUAAAAUGUUAAUUUCUCAUUUGGAUGCACACCAUAAUCAGGCAUAUAAUUCGUUUUGCUUAAUUAGGUAAUGAGCUGAGCGAGAACAAUUGAAUGUGAUCAAAACAAUGCAGCAGUGUUGACUGCAUAAUUGUUGCAACCCCAACAACCAUUCCACUCAAAAAAUGAUUGUAAUGUUUGCCCUCUCAUAACAUAGUAAGUGUAAAGAUUUGCAUGGCCAUGCCAGAUGGAGAGGGACAACUAUAACUGGUAUUUUGUUUCCCCUCAAUGGUCUCUGCUGGUAGGAUAAUCCAUUUAAUCUAUUCUGUGUGUAGAGUCACAGUGCAACACGAACUCAUUAACUCACUGCGUUAUUUGACAUCUGUCCUAUUUAAAGGAAAUGACUGAUUAGUUAUGAAACUAUGUGCUGCAUAAUAACUACAGGCGCCUCACACUGUAUCAAUGGGCUUGGAGAUUCCCCAAGCAAGCAAAUUCAUCAAUGGCAAACUGGAGAUGUUUUGAGCCAUGGUUUGAGUAUUAUUGUGUCAUGCUUGAAGUAGGCUUGUCUACCAUACUGAAUGAAACCCAUACCCAGGCCUGCCUUCAAGCCUCAACUGGGCUGAUCUAUUUAUAGUAUAUGAUUAUUAAUCAUGGCAAUUAGUUGUGUUGGAGUCGGACAUUACAUGGUGGAAGAGGCUGUAGCACAUUGUCAGCGUAGGAGGGGUAUGCGUCAGUCGGGUGAGAGCAGGAGAAGAGGGCAGAGUCAUUUAGUGUUGGCGUGGACAGUCCUAGUCUAUACUGACAAAUGAUUAACACCAUUAGUGUUGCUUAUUACUGGCUUAUAAAAAUAGCCUAUACUAUAGUGCUGCUCUUUAUAUUUUGCUGUGAGUGAGUCAGUUGACCGACAGAUUAAAAAAAUAGAGUAGGGGCCAGGAAUAAGUCAAUUUUCACUUGCAUUUUUCAGACCCAUAUACUGUUGCCUAUACCCAGCAGUGUUUACUAGAACUAUGCUGGAUAAUGCAGCAUUCAUUCUAAAUAUGAGAAGGAAUUGUGCCAACUUUCCCCUCAGAAGAUGCAUUUUUUUGACCUGUCACAGUGACAGGAGGAAACACCUGGUGAAUACACAAUGAGCUGAAUACUGUAACAGCAGCACUGACAUGACAAACAUAAACAAAACCAGAGAUAUGCCCUGAAUAGUAAUGGGUAGUUGUUAGUUGUUGUACACUACAAUGUAAAUCCGAAUCAAUCCUGUUCAGUGAUGUGAAAUAGGAGAUGUUCUAGUAAAUAGCUAGAUGAUCAGGGUAUUCCCAUGACACCUCCCUAAUCCUCUUUAUACCAAAUAAACAUGAUGAGAUGACUCGACUGAAUGUCAGUAAGAGAUAACAUUGUUUCAGUCCACAUGUCACUAAAACAUAUACAACACUAAUUACAGGACUCAUAAUUUUUUUACUGCAGAUUAUAAAGAAAUGUAAUGAAAUUAAACAAUUUAAGGACAUUUUAUAGAAGAGAGCAAAGAAAUCUUUUGUUUGACUUACUUUAACUGAAAAUGUGUUGUAAUAUUAAGACCAACCUAAAGUACUUCUGCUCAAACCCUGUAACACAAUUGCACAUGAUUGAGCUCUACGGGUGAUGGAACUUGAUUGUACAGUUUGGGUAGUUUCCAUUAUGAUUUAGCAUUUUAGUGCAUGAGGUGACCAAUGACAUUGACUUCAUUUACGCUUUUGUGAAACUAUACUGUGUCCCCAAUCAUCCACUUGUGUGAUGGUUAGCAUAAUAUAAAAUUAUGCUAAUGUUCCAUUUCCAUUCCCCAGAAAAGCAUGGUCCCUAAAGUAUUCCUGUGAAGUUUGGUAUACAAGUGUGUCUAGGUUGGUGGUAAAUGCAACACAGAGACCAAGGGUAUUCAACUCUUACACAACAAGUUCCUGGGCCUGCUAGUUUUCUGUUCUACUUAAACUUAAUUGCACCCACCUGGUUUCCCAGGUCUAAAUCAGGGAACAAUGAAAAAAAGCAGUAGAACUGGCUUCGAGGUCCAGAGUUGAGUUUGAGGGGCAUAGACCAUAGUCCAUAGUUGUCUGUUUCUGUUACGUUAUUCUUUGUAAUUUUGUUUCCAAGAAAUCAAAUCUCUCAAAAAGGCCAGGUAGUUCAUUUGAUUAUCCUAAUAUCCAUGUUCCUCCUUAGUCCUUGAUCAUAUUCUUCAACUCAAUUCAAUUAAAUCAAACUGUGAUUGCUCAUCCCAAGCGAUACACCUGCCACUAAUUCUAGACAGCUCCAUAUCACUUACAAUGCUCUUACAUCUCCAACAAGAGGCCUGGCAUUAGCUAAUUAGUAUGGGCGACUUCAGUGAAGCAGUGUAUUUCUAAUAAGGUUGUGAGAGAUCAGCCCUUUACACCUGUGUACUUAAUCCAUUGUGGUCGGUGACUGGGUGUGUGUCCCAAAUGGCACCCUAUUCCCUUUCUAGUGCACUAGUUUGAUCAGGGCCCAUGGGUGGAUCGGUGUUGAGCGAACGAGCGGCACGUCAACGAAGCCUCUUAGCCCUGUAUUGGGAUGCACAGCCAUGCACCCCUCAGGGAGAGAGAGAGAGAGGCCUGUGAGCGUGUCUAAAGCCUGCUGGUUUGAUGUGAGAUCAAGUCCAUCAAUAGUGCAUCUCAACCUCCAAUCCCCACUAACCUUGAGUGGCGGGGCCCGGCGAGAGGGAAGGACAUUUUCCGCCUCUUGAAAAACCAUUCAUUUGUUCCUAUUGAUUUUCUCAACAGAGAAAUUACACGUGGAGCCAGAACAGAGAGUGGAAACUGUGACUGGAACAAUAAAAAUGGCCACUCUUCAGUUAGUUUAGAUAAAUAAUUGAUAUAGGCAAGGAUGGCCAUUGACCACAACUUCAAAGCUUCGAUCAGAUCACUGUUGUGGGAUUGUUGAUGCGUGACAGGAAUCUGAUGAUUUGAGGAAGCUAAAGUCAUAAAACCAUGGUUGUGUCCAGCAUGAAAAUGCCUAUUUAUGACAGCAUGAAAGACAUAUGAAAGUAUUAUAUCUCUUUGAAUUACUGUAUAAAACAAGCACUGCAUGGUGUCCAGCGGAGUUAACAGAAAUCAAAGGGUGUCAGUAGCUUCUAAAGAAAGCCCCAAUUAAGAGGAUACCGACAGUGCUGGUUGGCAUUUCCUUUGCCCCCAUCCUGGCGCUUUAUGCAGAGCUCCUUGUUUACUGAACACAGCAGGCGGGGAAGGAGUCCAACAGAGAUCAGCAUCUUUAAGACCCACAAGGCAGGUUAGAUCUUUAUAAGGUUGGAGAUCUCUCUGAUAUCUCUUCUAAACAAGCAGGCACGCAGCCAUAGGGAGCAUGAUAGAAACACUGGGGCUUUGGAACAUGAGCAGUACGUCUAACACCCAAAAGGCAGGUUUUAAUCUCAUAGACUAGACUAUAUCACUACCUUGUCCAACAUCUUAUGUGUCUCAUAUAUACUAAUUCACUGAUGGAAUAGGGAAUGUCAAUAAUUUGUGCAUUACCCAUAGCAAGUGUCUCAGAGUUACAUUCUAUAGAUGCCAUGUCAGUAAUAAAACCCAUUGAUAAGGAAUGACUCUCUAACCAUUGAUUGAUCAUGGAUGGUGCCCUGUAGUCUGUUAAGAAAUAUGCUCCUGCCUUAAAGACCUAAUUCGUCAGAAAGUGAAUCUUUCCAUCCGCAGAAUGCUGAGUCAGUCUCUGUUGGGCAGUGGUCCAUUAUUUAUGUAGAUGUAAUGUAGUUGGAGUGAAGCUACUUUAUUAAGUCUGGUGGACAGUUGGGUGACGGGGGCUCUGCUGUGCUGUAUACUAUAGCCCACUCUCAGUAGAGUUGUGCCACUCACCGUCGAUGCUAAAUAUACUUUCAUUUUAGAUGUAUGUUUUGUAGUAUAUAAGAUAGAUAUAAGAUAGAGAGAGAGAGAGAGUAUAAGUAUAUCAAAAAGAGAGUACAUAAGAGUAUAUGAGAGAGUUGUGCCACUCACCCUCGGUAGGUGUUUCACCUACAGGGUUCCCCAUCCGACGAGGAAGGGACCAGUCCGCCCGUCGUGGCUCCCGCCGUCGCGCCUGUACUACCCCCGGCCCUUCCCCCAGCCUCAGCCCCAGACUCUGCAGCACAGCUCCAAUCAAGAACCAGGAGAUAUAGGGUGAGUUCAGAUCCCAGGCCAUAGAGAUAAAACAACUGUUCUAUAUCUAUGUCCCAGGCUGGCAGGACGUGACAGAACAGGACAGAACAGAACAGAACAGGACAGAACAGGCUAUAGGGCUGGGAUGUGAACUCCGAUCAAUCCCCAUCCCAUCCAUGCUCCUGACUGAGAUCCUUAGGGGAGAGGGUUACAGAGAGGGGGCGUGAAGGACCUCAAGGACUUUUGUUGUUGAGUCCCCAUCGAUUCAAAAACAGACACAAAAAGUAACCAUAAUCCUACAAGCCACACUGAUUUGUUUUGUUGGUGCAUAAUGUUGAGGCUCUUGAAUAUAGUUUCUGACUUCUAAUCCAAAUACACCGAUUUACUAAAGAUACAUUUUGACAAAAUGGCAUGAUUAAGGCUAAAUGAUGAAGGUUCUGUAGAGAUUCUGUAGCUCUCUGCUCCUAGGCAUUACUACACAUAUUGUUAUGAAAGAGAUGUAUUAGACAGAGUCUAAUGACAUGGGAACCCAAGAGAGACAGAUUAGACACAGUCUACUAUAAUAAUAAUAAUAAUAUGCCAUUUAGCAGACGCUUUUAUCCAAAGCGACUUACAGUCAUGCGUGCAUACAUUUUUUGUGUAUGGGUGGUCCCGGGGAUCGAACCCACUACCUUGGCGUUCCAAGCGCCGUGCUCUACCAGCUGAGCUACAGAGGACCACUGACAUGGGAACCCAAGAGAGACAGAUUAGACACAGUCUAAUGACAUGGGAACCCAAACGAGAUAGAUUAGACACAGUCUAAUGACAUGGGAACCCAAGAGAGACAGAUUAGACACAGUCUAAUGACAUGGGAACCCAAGAGAGUCAGAUUAGACACAGUCUAAUGACAUGGGAACCCAAGAGAGACAGAUUAGACACAGUCUAAUGACAUGGGAACCCAAGAGAGACAGAUUAGACACAGUCUAAUGACAUGGGAACCUAAGAGAGACAGAUUAGAGACAGUCUACUGAUAUGGGAACCCAAGAGAGACAGAUUAGAGACAGUCUACUGAUAUGGGAACCCAAGAGAGACAGAUUAGACACAGUCUAUUGACAUGGGAACCCAAACGAGACAGCUUUGAAUCUACUGAAUAAGAAAGCAGACUCACAACAGAAGUGACAUCAGCAGAAGUUCCACCAAAAAAUGCUGUGAUUUACUAAAGUUACAUUUUGACAAAAUGUCACGUUUAAGGUUCUAUUCUGAAGGUUGAAUAUCUUUCAGCUCUCUCUCAACUGCCCACAUUUGUAUAAGGGCAUUGCAACAGCUUUUUAAACACUGAUCAGACUCAGAAGUGACUGACUGCAGUAGAAGUUCCACAACAAAAUACAGUGCCUUUCACAAUCACAAAUAUUACAGGAAAACCAGACCAUACGUCAGCGUCCGAAAAUUGCUUGUUUUACAAAGUAAUUAACUAAUAUAUCACCUUUUGCACAUAAAAAAAAAAGAUAGAAUGGGUGAAAGAACAUGCACACGCACAUAUACACCCACACACACACACACACAUGCAUGCAUGCAGGCACACACACACAAACCCCCUCCACCACCCACACAGUGCACAUCCUAAUUAGUGACUGUGCUCUUCAGCACUGACACCUAUUGCUAUAAAACGCAUCUAAAAUGAGUUGCACAAAUAGAUUUUCCUAUCCAAUUUGCCUGAGGAAAAAACAUUGUUUUAAUUUGAAAUGCUGAUUAAGCCACAAACGAGACACAAACGUAGGCCAGAGAGAACUGGAGCUUUGAACUAGUUUGAGCAACUUCCCUUCAUAACUAACUUUAUAUUAGUUAUUGACUAAGGUAAAUAAAAGCUAAACAAAAAAGGUUGCCUUGUGUGUCUGUAUCUGACUUUGGAUACUUCCAUCCCUUCAUCUACCAUCUCCACUUCACCUCUCCUCUCUCAUCCCUUCAUCUCCCAUCUCCACUUCACCUCUCUCAUCCCUUCAUCUACCAUCUCCACUUCACCUCUCCUCUCUCAUCCCUUCAUCUCCCAUCUCCACUUCACCUCUCUCAUCCCUUCAUCUACCAUCUCCACUUCACCUCUCCUCUCUCAUCCCUUCAUCUCCCAUCUCCACUUCACCUCUCUCAUCCCUUCAUCUCCCAUCUCCACUUCACCUCUCCUCUCUCAUCCCUUCAUCUCCCAUCUCCACCACCUCUCUCAUCCCUUCAUCUACCAUCUCCACUUCAGCUCUCCUCUCUCAUCCCAUCAUCUCACAUCUCCACUUCACCUCUCUCAUCCCUUCAUCUACCAUCUCCACUUCACCUCUCCUCUCUCAUCCCUUCAUCUCCCAUCUCCACUCCACCUCUCCUCUCUGCACUCCAUCACCCUGCUAAGAUAAGAUGUUUUGACGUGGGCGUCACUAGCAUGUAUGUUGGCUAUCCAUAACUCUCAUCACUCUUGCCAGCACCCUGCAACUGCAUGACUUUCCCCACCCCUCUCCUUCACUCCAAACUACAUCCUUAUCUACACCCCAGAGAGUUUGACUAUUGUCUGCAUCUUCCUCAUCUCCCUCAUCCCAACAGUCUCAGAGUUCCACUACUACAGUCUCUAUUGCAGUGUUGAUGGUCAGUUCACUUUAAUAUGAACGUGGAUGGGAUCACAAAUCACCACAUAGUUUGAUUCAGAAACAUACUAACACACCCCUCGGCACGGCUAAAUAUAGUCUUGGUGUUCUACUUUAUUUUGUGAGUUACUGUAGUACUUACAGACCGGGGCAUGAAUCCACUUCACAGUACAAUAAAUCUCACACAAGGUUGCAUUGAAAGCACUCUAGCCCUGUUACAGUAAAUACAUUGAUGGACGCGUGCACUGGCCUGCAAUGUAUUAUUGAGAUAAAGAAGUACAGUAUGGAAAGGGUAAAUAUACAGUCAUUUCAGAUGUAUCAAAUGUUUAACAAUGCAACCAGUCAAGAAAUGGUAUUUAAUGUGUUUGUCGUGUCAUGAUUACAGAGAUAUAUGAAGUUAUUCAGGUUGAUUCCAUUGAAUAAAUUAAUCUUAAAGUCUUCGUAAGAGAAACCCUGACAGCACAUGAACAAAUACAGUAGGGAAGAAACACAACUUGGAAAAAUAAAAUAAAUAAUAGCUUCAGUUGAAUUCAACCAUCCAUAUCUAAUGUGUCCCUGGAGGAGUAGUGUGCAAUUUCUCAUCUUCUAUCUAUGCCAUAAAUCAUUUUUUAAAAUGUUGAUUAAAUGAUGCUGAAUAGAGUUCAGUGAAUGCUUGUUGUCAGUGUUUGAACUUUUAGCAUGUUUCGGAGUCAUCACCUCCCCCAUAGAUUUGGCACCAUAUCAAGCAAAUUCACCAAAAGGACAGUCAGCUAAAUAAAUCCACCCAUUUACAUACAGAACACUUAAGGCAUUUUACUGUACAUCUAGUGCUGAGAAAGGGAAAAAGUUAUAGGUAUGUGAAAAGAUAAAUUGCAUGAAAAUUUUUCUUAUUCAAAUGUCAAUCACAGGUAUCACAAGUUGAAGAGGCUGGUAGUGUUUGAAAAAUGGAAGAAACCUGUGAAUAUGGCAGGUUUCAUGAAAGUCUGUAUCAUGAAAUGGCGUUUUACUAGUUACAUGCAGAGGAUGCUUGAGUUGUCUGACAGCUCACGUCUUCUAAAGGUUCUGUAAGAUCAUUAUUUCAAUGCUACAGUUGUAUAGAGAUUUCAUAGCCCUUUAAAUGUCUCUUAUGUGUUGGAAAUGUUGCAGUCAGAUUGGUGAUUGAGAAUGGUUUAUGUAUGCUGACCAGCACUUAGCCAAUAAAGUACUGCAAGCAGACAUCCGUUCAAUCCCAGGGAUGUAACUGAGAUUGUUGUUGUUUGUUUAAUUCUCUAUGGAUUGUUUAUUUGGUUUUGUUUGGUUAAAUCAGGGGACCCCAGACUAGUGCACUGAAAAAACAAGAUUUAAUCUCACCAGAUUACAUUUUGUUCAAUAACUACGUAUUUAGCUAUGUUUCAUCAUCAGUGAUAUCAGUUAUAUAACGAUUUCAAAGACCUUUAAAUAUAUUUUAUCUGUUGGAAAUGUUACAAACAGACCAACAGUCUGCAGAUAAAAAGUGCUUUAUGUGUGCUGACCAGCACCCAGCCAAUAAAGUAGUCAGUUCAAUCCCAGGGAUGCUACUGAGAUUCUAGUUAUUUGUUCAACUUUGAACAGAUUCUCUAUGAAUUGUGUCUUUGAUUUAUAUUAAAGUAAACUGGUUUGCCUAACAGGUGAACCAAUAGGCCAGCGCACUCCAAAUCAAGAUUUAAUCUCACCAAAGAUUUGGUUCUAUAGGAAUAUGGGUAGCAAUUUACACAGGAUAAAGUGGUAAUUACAUGGAGAUAGUAUGGUAUUACCAAUAGUGAGGUCCGUCUCAGUAAAAGUCAUACAGUUUAAGUUGACAAUUAAAAACUGCCAUUUCACCCUCAGACACAAACUUGUUUGUUUGCUCUUGUUUAACAUUGAGUUCAGCACAAUUAGGGAGCAUGUCCAUGGAUAAGUUCACAAGUCCUAGGCUCUGAGGCCAAACAGUGUAAUUCAUUCAAUUUGAAGGAAUAGACAGUCUCAGUUUGGCAAUUACACAAUGUACAAAGUUUAAACACCCUGGCUACUGAGAGGGCUCAGGGCUCACCUCUCUCUCUCAUCACUACCCUAUUGACCCUGACUCACACUCACACACACAAAUACUUGUAACAAAUACGUGUAUUUGUGAGAGGUAUUGACAUGUUAAAUGCACCGAGCUGUCUGUUUGAAUUACUGGCACACAGCUCGGACACCCAUGCAUACCCCACAAGACAUGCCACCAGAGGUCUCUUCACAUCCCCAAGUCAAGAACAGACUAUGGGAGGCGCACAGUACUACACAGAGCCAUGACUACAUGGAAAUCUAUUCCACAUCAAGUAACUCAUGCCAGCAGUAAAAUUAGAUUUAAAGAACAGAUAAAAAAACACCUUAUGGAACAGCGGGGACUGUGAAGCAACACAACCAUAGACACAUGCAUACAAACACACGAUAACAUACGCACUAUACACACAUGUACACAUGGAUUUUGUGUUAUAGAUAUGUGGUAGUAGAGUAGAGGCCUGAGGGCACACACUUAAUAUGUUGUGAAAUCUGUUAUAAAAUCUAUAACUGCCUUAAUUUUGUCUUGGCAGCAGCUAAUGGGGAUCCAUAAUAAAUACAAAUACAAAUACACACACACACACCAGCCAGCCAGCGAGGCACAUCUCUCUAUCUGCAUCUCAAAUGGCUCCCUACUCCCUUUAUAGUGCACUAGUUUUGACCAGAGCCCAUAGACCUCUGGUCAGAAGUAGUACACUAUAUAGGGAAUAGGGAGCCAUUUGAGACGUAGCCAGAGAGAUGUUGACUCAUACGGAAAUGUGUUUAAUUGGCACACUUUGGGUGUUGGGCCAGAGAAAAGGCCAUCGGGGCUGCAAGGACUUUAAAUAUUGCUAAAAGGAAACCACUUGCUGUGUGUGAAUGUGCAAAUGAAAGAUAGUUUUGUCAUUGUGAAUUGCUUUCACUGUAGCUUACAACAUUACGGCAUUCAUUCUACACAACAAAAGGCCUGUAGUACAAACUAUGAUUAAAAUGUGGUCAGUGGGUAAACAAACUGUUUCUGCUUAUGCAGACAUGGCUUGACAACGACUGUUGGAGUUCAUUCUGUUUCAAGUGGGUUAAGUUCUCUCAGUCCAAUGGAGAUACAAUAUCUAUUUUCCAGUAGGAGACCUGGCCAGGACAUUAGGUAGCAGUUGAAUCUCAAUAGGUAGAGAGGGGCAAUUGGAAACAUACCCAGGUUUAUGUGGCUUGAUUGAUAUGUUCCAAUUCAAUCACUCUGUUUUUAGAAUGCCCCCCAAGGUUGAGUAGACUAAGCAUUGUUUUCAAGUGGAGUUUAAGUGGAUUUACAAAUUAGUUGUAAUGAGUAACCCUACAGACAUCUCACUGUGACCAUGGGUUGAUCUUUUUAAUGUUCAGUCGAAUAAACCUUGUAGGUUUUCAAGGCUUUUUAUUGUCAGGGAAACCAACUUGAUAUUAACAAUGGUAAGAUGAUUGGUUUUCAAAUGCAAUUCAAAUAUCUCUUUCCUCUUUUCUCUCCAUUUUCUCCCCCCCCCCCCCCCCCUCUCCCUCCAGCCCUCGCCUUGUGAGUGGUGUCGCUGUGAACCAAAUAACGAGGUGCACUGUGUGGUCUCUGACUGUGCCGUCCCAGAGUGUGUCAACCCAGUCUACGAGCCAGAACAGUGCUGUCCCAUCUGUAAAAACGGUAAGGGCUCUUCCAGUUGUGUCUUUCGGACACACAAACACACCAGUUUUACUCACAAACUUUUUGUACAUCAACCUUACAAUUGCAUUGCUGGUUGUUGUGUACAGUUGAAGUCGGAUGUUUACAAACACUUAGGUUGGAAUCAUGAAAACUUGUUUUUCAACCACUCCACAAAUUUCUUGUUAACAAACUAUAGUUUUGGCAAGUCGGUUAGGACUUAUCUACUUUGUGCAUGACACAAGUAAUUUUCCCAACAAUUGUUUACAGACAUAUUAUUUCACUUAUAAUUCCCUGUAUCACAAUUCCAGUGGGUCAGAAGUUUACAUACACUAAGUUCACUGUGCCUUUAAACAGCUUGGAAAAUUCCAGUCAUGACUUUAGAAGCUUCUGAUAGGCUAAUUGACAUCAUUUGAAUCAAAUGGAGGUGUACCUGUGGAUGUAUUUCAAGGCCUACCUUCAAACUCAGUGCCUCUUUGCUUGACAUCAUGGGAAAAUCUAAAACAAUCAGCCAAGACCUCAGAAAAAAGAUUGUAGACCUCCACAAGUCUGGUUCAACCUUGGGAGCAAUUUCCAAACGCCUGAAGGUAUCACAUUCAUCUGUACAAACAAUAGUACGCAAGUAUAAACACCAUGGGACCACGCAGCCGUCAUACCACUCAGGAAGGAGACAUGUUCUGUCUCCUAGAGAUGAACGUACUUUGGUGCGAAAAGUGCAAAUCAAUCCCAGAACAACAGACCUUGUGAAGAUACUGGAGGAAACAGGUACAAAAGUAUCUAUAUCCACAGUAAAACAUGUCCUAUAUCGACAUAACUGCCACUGCUCCAAAACCGCCAUUAAAAAGCCAGACUACGGUUUGCAACUGCACAUGUGGACAAAGAUCGUACUUUUUGGAGAAAUGUCCUCUGGUCUGAUGAAACAAAAAUAUAACUUUUUGGCCAUAAUGACCAUCGUUAUGUUUGGAGGAAAAAGGGGGUUGCUUGCAAGCCGAAGAACACCAUCCCAACCGUGAAGCACGGGGGUGGCAACAUCAUGCUGUGGGGGUGCUUUGCUGCAGGAGGGACUGGUGCACUUCACAAAAUAGAUGGCAUCAUGAGGAAGGAAAAUUAUGUGGAUAUAUUGAAGCAACAUCUCAAGACAUCAGUCAGGAAGUUAAAGCUUGGCCGCAAAUGGGUCUUCCAAAUGGACAAUGACCCCAAGCAUACUUCCAAAGUAGUGGCAAAAUGGCUUAAGGACAACAAAGUCAAGGUAUUGGAGUGACCAUCACAAAUCCCUGACCUCAAUACUAUAGAAAAUGUGUUGGCAGAACUGAAAAAGCAUGUGCAAGGAAGGAGGCCUACAAACCUGACUCCAUUACACCCAGCUCUGUCAGGAGGAAUGGGCCAAAAUUCACCCAACUUAUUGUGGGAAGCUUGUGGAAGACUACUCGAAACAUUUGACUCAAGUUAAACAAUUUAAAGGCAAUGCUACCAAAUACUAAAUUAGUAUAUGUAAACUUCUGACCCACUGGGAAUGUGAUGAAAGAAAUAAAAGCUGAAAUAAAUCAUUCUCUCUGCUAUUAUUCUGACAUUUCACAUUCUUAAAAUAAAGUGGUGAUCCUAACUGACCUAAGGCAGGGAAUCUUUACUAGGAUUAAAUGUCAGGAAUUGUGAAAAGCUGAGUUUAAAUGUAUUUGGCUAAGGUGUAUGUAAACUUCCGUCUUCAACUGUAUAUGUAGGCUGGUAAAUCAGACUGACGCUGUGCUCACCAUUGUUUCAGAAUGAUGAACGAGGCUAGUGGAGUUGUAUAUUUCUUGCUGAUCUUGUAGUUUUUUUUUUGUGAGUGUAACAUUUCCAUUUUAUUCAUUACACAUUCAUUACACAAAUAAACGUGAAACCUGUAACUGUUUCAAACUCAACCAAAAUACACACACACACACACACAACGAAUAAUUACACUUUGAUGACAUCGAAACCAACCAAAAGAUUAUCUCUUUCUCUAUGUCUAUCUUUUGAUGAUCAGUCUUCAGUCUCUUUCAGUGUUUUAUGUUUUAUAUCAAAAUCAUUACCUUGGGGGGCUGCCCGACUGCUAAUGAGGACAAUACUAACUGCUUUAAUUAAAUACAACACACUAAGCAGAAAAAACACUGGCUCAGAUAGGCCCAUUGAUUACAGGGCAUCCAGAGAGAGCAUAACAGUGUGUGUGUGUGUGUGUGUGUGUGUGUGUGUGUGUGUGUGUGUGUGUGUGUGUGUGUGUGGUGUGUGCGCGUGUGUGCGCAUGUGUGUGUGUGUGUGUGUGUGUGUGUGGGAUGCUCGUAAUGGGCCCCUGGAGGGCCCUUUAUCUCCCUGUUGCCCUGAUGCCCUUGUCAGCCGCAACCAAUCCCCAAAUUAUAAUUAUAGAAUUCCGAUGGCUCAUUGGCUAGUUAUAGGAGUCAGGGCAGGAGAUAUGGCUGAGCCAGCCCAAUCCAAGGGGACAGAUGUUUUACCUCUGCAUGAUCGAGAGAGAGAGAGGGUGAGAGAGAGAGAGAGGUGUGGUCUGGUUGUGGCUCAUUUGGUUUCAUUAGCCUCAAGGGCUGGAUUGAUCAAUAGACAACUGGGACAAUCAAGGAUCAUGAAUGUUAUAUGCUGGAAUGUCAUAAUUAUUUAAUUACCAUCUGAUUAUGUAUAUUUUGUUACCUAAACCAAAUAUCCACUGUGAUGGUAUAGUCUUGCUGGUCGGAAUUCAUGAUGAUGAUUUUGCCGUAGUAUAGGCUAACUCUAUCAAAGGAAAAUGCAAUCGAGGGUCUGAACUGAUGGUUGAUCAAACUAGCUCCAAGUAAACAAUGACCAAAAAACACAGAAAAGGCUUUUCAAAUGCAAGAGACAGGAAAGGCCUUUUCAGUGCAUUCUCAAUCAGAAGGAAUUCCACACAAGAGUAUCCACUCAGGAUAUUGCUCAUAGCAGAAUAUAUAUAUAGAUAGAUAGAUAGAUAGAUAGAUAGAUAGAUAGAUAGAUAGAUAGAUAGAUAGAUAGAUAGAUAGAUAGAUAGAUAGAUAGAUAGAUAGAUAGAUAGAUAGAUAGAUAGAUAGAUAGAUAGAUAGAUAGAUAGAUAGAUAGAUAGAUAGAUAGAAUAAAUACAAUAAAUAUAUUUCCCAAUUUAGACUUCAGAGGAAAUCAAAAUAUUAUCUUCCUUAAAAUGACUGCGUAUUUUCCUUUGUGGCGUAGUUUGACCUAUAUAGGCUAAGCUCUCUGACAGAGGGUAACGAAGCUGUAAGGUGUACAAGGAAGAUGCUAGUACACACACAUACACACACACACACACAAGCGUGCGCGCAACACACAAACAUACGAUACACACACACACACUCACAGAUACCCAAGCACACACAUACCCACACACUGGGCCUGCAGCUGGAGGAAGCACUAAUCCACACAGACAGGAUACGGUGACGCCCUUGUGGCGGUGGCAUUUAAAGGAGCCUGCCUGCCAUCUCCAGCCCCCUAAGAAACCACGCUCAGCUCUGGCAAGAUUAUUCUCUUGAGCCUGGAGUGUGUGUGUGUGUGUGUGUGUGUGUGUGUGUGUGUGUGUGCAGGAGGAGUAUUUACUGUAAUGCUCAUUCCUGGUGUACUGUGGGAGGAUAGAUCCACUCUUGUACCCUAUUCCAAUUGGACGUCUUUAGGAGUUUGCAGGGGACAGAGAGACAUGCCUUUUCAAUUCGCCUGCUCUUGAGAUGAUGGCCAGCUUCAAGCCUACAAAGCCUCCCUCAGAUUGGACAGAUAGUAUGCAUACCAAAUGUCACCCUAUUUACUAUAUUUACCUAUACAUUUUAGCCAUUUAGGACACGUCCUUAUCCAGAGCAACUUACAGUUAGGAUACGCAAGUCUCUGAAGCACACGCGGAUGUGAUCUCACUCACACACACACACACACACACACACACUUUCUGAUCCCACUGUUUUGCAUGCUCACAGAGCUAUGCCAAGCUCUGGAAACACAUUUCCAUAUGACCCCUCAGAUAACGCGACCAGACGUCCCCGAUUUCCAGGGACAGUCCCCGAUUUUGGUGGCCUGUCCCUGGCUAGAUCUGUCCCCGGAAAUGUCCCCGAUUAGCCCUCAGAAAGAAAAAAGCAACUCUGAAGUUAAAUUGUCGGUGAUAUUUCAAUAAUCAAACGCUGUAUCCAAUCACAUUUGCAUGUAAAAAUUAUGUCUAGCCCUGUACCCAACUCGUUUGCUCCCAGCUUUCGCCGCAGACCUUUUAAUGAACGUUUGACCAAGUGAUACAUUAUAACUACCGCAUGAACAACCAUGCCCAUGGCCAGAAAGUGCAUCCAACAACAUAGGCUAAAUCAAAUUUGGGUGAUUCAAAAAUUACUAGAUUAAGAAAACUGUGGAGGGGUAAUCCAUUUCUGUGUUAUAAUUAAUUGAAAGGACUAUAGCGAAAAUUGAUUGUUAAAUAUAGUUCCAUGCCAUUGUUAUUUUUGCGCAGCAAAUUUAACUUAUAUGAAUUUGAUUUAGAUAUGGAUUUACAUGCUGAAUAAUGUAAAUGUAGCCUACAUAAAGUUGUUUUUCAGUUUUACAGUGGAAAUACACAUGGGAAUUUGCUAGUCUUAUCAGCUUCUGUCUAUUACUGUUCAUCUAACCUGUCUGUCACUGUAACUUCCUGGUGGACACUCAUGUGACAACAUAGAGACAGCUGUGAACAGGUAACAUGCAUCCCUGUUGACAGCCCUGACAGACAAGCAUUGGCUUUGAAUGGCGCAACGUCCUAAAGUCCCAGAGCCUUGUCUUGUCCAUCUUCUGCAGUGAUAGGCAGUGGAGACUGUGUCCUUGCUUGUGGAUGCGUCCCAAAUGGCACCAUAUUCUCUUUAUAGUGCACUACUUUUGAACAGGGCGCUGGUCAAAAGUAGUGCACUAUAAAGGGAAUAGGGUGUCAUUUGGGAAGCAUCCUGUGCCUUCCUCCUGCUGUGACUCUCCAGUUGUAAACAACCACACUUGGCAGGGCUGCUCGAUGCCCACUUCUGUCAUCAACCUCUGCCUGGUUUGUCUGUAAACCAUGCCAGCUAUACUAAGGGUGGAUGGUGGAUCAAUGGGAGUUAGGGCUUGGCAACAGUUUGCUUAUGAUGUGUCCAUUGAGGUACAGGUCAAUCUAUGGGCUUUUAUCAUGUCUGAGUAGACCAGGAGAGGAGAGUGUUCCUGGGCAUAAAUGAGGCUGAGGUGGUUAAGGUGUUGGAAGCAGGUGGUGGUAGAAAAUGA